UUUGUGUCAUUUAUUGGAGACAAAACGCUCAUCUUUACUUAAGUCCAAAGUUAGAAAUGGCAUUGAUAUGGUAAACAGGUAAAGUAGGGAGAUCCAGAGUCACUACAAACGCAACAACAUCAACUAACCCAGUAUAAUCCCACACGUGGGGCCUGGGGAAGGUAGUGUGUACACAAACCCGACCCUACCUUUGUGAAGGUAGAGAGGCUGUUUCUAGUAGACCGUCGGCUCAAGAAAAACAUCGUCACAACAUUAUUGAAAAGAAAUACAAUGAAACUAUGAAAAAGAAGCAGUAACAACAACAACAAGGUAAUAAGAUAACCAAGACGAAAGAAACAACUGGUAAUAGAAAUCUAAGUAUAAGAAAGUACGAGAAGAAUAUGUGACACCAAAGGUAUGAGAAAGGGAUACGUUCGACUACCUACUAGCCUUCUACGCUAGUUAUUGACCUCCACGCCCUCCUAUCAAGAGGCAUGUCCUCGGUAAGUUGCAAAUGUGCCAUGUCCUACCUAAUCUCUUCUCCCCAAUACUUCUUAGGCCUACCUCUCCCUCUCCUCAGACCCACCAUGACCAGCGUCUCACGCCUUUUCACUGGAGAGUCACUACAAGCGCAAAAAAAUAAAAUUCGAAAAGUCCUAACAAAAAAUUGAAGGAAUUCUGGACAACCAGGAACCUGCUAGAUUUUUUAAAAAAAAUAACAGGAUCAAUUAGAAUUAGGCGGGCUUUUGACUUUGAACGAAGCACAUAGUCUAAUUUGAAAAGCUCAUCUGCUUACAGCAUUUAACCCUUUUUUGUCUUUUCUUUUCUCAAUUGAAAUGGAGUUGAAUUAAGUGGAGUGGAUAUAGGUGAUCCAAUAAUCGCCUCAACUAUUUUGGAGUUUAGUCAUAGUUGAUUGAUAUGCCUUAUUUCCUCCAUGAAAGCUAGUGCUUUUUCUUCAGAGGUUGCUCAGAACAUGAAAAGUUAAGAUAAGAAUAGCUGUCACAUAUAAAUCAGGUGCAAAUCUGCAAGUAUAAGGCCAUGCGUUAUUCAAAAGCUAAUGUUUCUAUUGCGUAGGUCCCUGUCCCCUACACAGAUGACGAACCAAAGACAUAAUGGGGCAACUAGAAAGAUCAUUUAUUGAAGACUCACGGGCUGGCAUAAAAAUAUCUCCUCAGGAUAACAAUUUUCCAGGACUGCAUGAUAGGUUAGUAAUAGUGACUGGAACUCUUGGGGAGCAGAUGCGAGCUAUUGAAUUGAUUCUAUAUAAGUUGGCAGAAGACCGUCAUUAUAUACAAUCUAUCAUUGCUCCAUUUCCAUAUGCAGGGAUAAGCAGUUCUUGUUCUUGCUUAAUAACCAAAUGUGGCAAUCUGGUGGUGUCGGAGAGGAUUUCAGGUUAAAUAGAAUGGAUGCAUGGAUAAGGGAACAACGCUUGUUUCUUCUUCGUAGGGCUUUCUAAGAUAAUGAUGAUCCAGCCUCUUAAAUGAUGUUUUCCCUAGCUCUACCAGGUGUAUUGUUCAGGAAAUUACUGUAGUAGACUAGUGGUUGACUUGGUGCAGCAUUAUGCAAAUGGUUUUUGAUUUCAUAUGGUCA